AUGACCACCCGCUACGCCCAAGCCCACCUCCCCUCCAACCUCGCCGGACCAGGGGACUCGCGGCCGACGGCGCUCCAAAUCAUCGCGGACAACCAGCUCGAGAACGCGCUGGGCGACAAGGUCGCGCUGGUGACGGGGUGCUCGAGCGGGCUCGGGGUCGAGACGGUGCGCGCGCUGGCGGCCACGGGGUGCAAGAUCUACGCGACGGCGCGGAACCUGGACAAGGCGCGGGCGGCGCUGGCGGACGUGUUGGAGACCCAACCGCCCGGACAGGUCGAGCUGCUGGAACUCGACACGGCCGACUUCACCAGCGUGCGGCGGUGCGCGGCGGCGUUCCUGGCGCGGGAGCCGGCCCUCAACAUCCUGAUCAACAACGCGGGCGUCAUGGCCGUGCCGACGCGCCAGCUCACGGCGGACGGCCACGAGCUGCAGUUCCAGACCAACCACCUGGGCCACUUCCUGCUGUUCCAGCUCCUGCGACCCGCGCUGCUGGCCGGGGCGACCCCGACGCGGCACGCGCGGGUGGUCAACGUGUCGUCGAUCGGGCACCGGCAGGCGUGCGUGUCGCUGGACGACCCAACCCUGGGCGGGCCUGGCGCGUACACCCCGUUCGGCGCGUAUGGGCAGUCCAAGACGGCCAACAUCCACAUGGCCAACGAGAUCGAGCGCCGCUACGGCGCCCGCGGCCUGCACGCCUGGUCGCUGCACCCGGGCGGCAUCGCCACGGGCCUGCAGGCGCACGUCGACUUCUCGGCCCUCUUGGCAGUGCCCGAGGUGAUGCGCGGCAUGAAGUCCGUGCCCCAGGGCGCCGCGACCACGGUCCUCGCCGCCGUCGACGGAGAGCUCGAGGGCAAAGGCGGGCUGUACCUCGACGACUGCGCCGUCAGUCCCCCCGUCAAGCCCGACGAGGCCGCCGUGCUGCACGCCCCGGGCCACGCCGCCUGGUGCUACGAUGUCGACGACGCGAAGCGCCUGUGGGAGGUCAGUUGCCGGAUCGUGGGCGUCGAGGACGAUGGUCAGUGAGGAGGCGUGGAGGGAAUGAGCAACGCAAGACCGAAUCAGGAGGCAUUGAGCACUCAGCAAUGUCGACUUAGGUGCAGGAGCGAGGCACGGAGGCAGCCAGCCAAAAGGACUGCGGAAGGCCGGAUGCCGAAUGACCCCAGAGAUGCCAUGUUGCUCGGCGAGAGGAACAAGAAGCACGAAGUAAAAGCACGCAAAUCUCCCAAAUGAC